AUGCUUUCCCUGGCACAGCUUUCCCCAACAGGUCCUGCAGAAACCGUUCCCUCUGGGGCAGUGGCCCCAGCUCAGGAACCAGCUCAAUACACAACGCGGCUCCUGAAGAGUUAUGUAGGAGAGUGGCAGGGGCUCUCUGCCUGCCUGCUGAGUUCAGAUAGGUACAAGAUAGGUUCUCCAAGCUGGGAGGCACUAAACCCUGUGGUGCUGACGGAAAGUCUGUCUGGCUGGGGGGAAGACGAACUGGACAGCGUGCAGAGCCAACCCUGCCCAGCAGUGUUAGCUGUAUCCAGUGUGUUGCUACUGAUGCUGGGUGGGUGUGUGUUGCUGGACAGGGUGCCAGCUGCUGGGGGCAUCAUGCCAGGGGGCUGCUGGUUUGAGCCUUGA